CCCGACUUAACCGAAGAACCGGCGGGAGAGGGCGGCCGGGAGAACCCUCCCGCUGCCUUCGGGGUCGGGAAAGGCGGUUUCGUAAACAAUGGAGCCAGAGAUAAAAGAGAGUGAGCAUCUUAAAAGCCAGUUCAAGGCUUAUCAAGGACAACAGCAAAAGAGGCUGCAAAAAAUAAUGGAGAAGAAGAAGGAAAAGCAAAAUGGUCAGAAGGAUGAUGAUGAUGAUGGCAACGCAAAGGAGACCUUCAGAAUCCCAAAUGAUCUCAAACUGUUUGAAACAGGACAACAUGUGAAUGAAGGGGACAGCAAAAGGCUGCUGGAAAUUGAGAACGAGCAGCUCCAGGAUCAGCUUCGAGAGAUCCGAGAUGAGAACUGCAGAUUGUACAAACUGGUGGCAGAGAAAGAUUUUGAGAUAAAACAACUCCAGAAAAAAAUACAGGAGGACAGAUUUGCUUCAUCAGGGGCACCUGGUUUGGCUGGAGAUGUUGCUGCCACUAAAAUUGUUGAACUGGCCAAAAAGAAUCGUGAGAUAACUGCAGAGGCUGAGAGUGAGAAAGCCAAAGUGAAACAACUGAAUAACAAAGUCAAAGAACUGGAGAAAGAACUACAGACAGCUGCAGAAAAAAUACAUUAUCUUGGUGGUGGUGAUGCAGGAAUCAAGCAGUCAGCUCUGAAGAUGAUAGAAGGAAACCUGGCUGAAAGCCCAGAGGUGAAAGCAUUGCAAGAAAAAUUAACCACAGCCAACUUUAAAGUCAUGGACUAUCGGAACCAACUCCAGUCUGCAAAACAGGAACUGAAGAUGACCCAAAAGCUUUUAGCAAAUGAAGUUGGUGAAAAUGUGAAUAUUCAAAGUCUCUUGGUCAAUUCUGGCAGCUGGCGUGGACGAGCCCAGCAAAUUCUUGUUCUCCAGAACAAGGUUCGAGAGCUGGAGAAUCAGCUGGGUCAAAACAGGACCAGAGCAUCCCUGAAUGAGACUGAUGAGGAAUUCCUGGCACUCACUGAUCCAAGGAAGCUGUCAACCCAGGAGAAGAACUUGCUGAAGAUUCGCAGCUUGGAAAAAGAAAAGAAAGAAACCUUGGAGAAACUCACUGGGGAACAUGAUGCUCUCCAAAAGAGUCACGAGGAACUGAAAAAAAAAUUUGAGGCAUCAAAAGCCAGGAACAAAGUACUGAGCAACGAAGUCAAAGCCCUGAAGGGACAGAUUGUGACCUUGCUGGAGAAAGGAAAACACGACGAUGAGCUCAUAGAUGCCUUAAUGAGCCAACAGAAGCAAAUGCAGGAGAUCUUACAGCACCUGAGCCAGAAGGAUGAGAAGAACAGGGAGUCCCAGCUGAUGCUAGGGUUACACUUGAACAGUGACAUUCAGAAGGAAAACUGUCUUCUAAAGCAACUCAGACAGAGGGUGGCUGAAAGAGAAGCAAAGGUUAAAGAGCUGGAAGAGGAGAUUGAGCAACUCAGACUUCAGCAGAAAUCUGCCUGUCAAGGGGAUGGUCCAGGAGAUGCUGAUCCACCAUCUGAGCACUCAGAGGAGCCAGGUUUUUCUCUGCUUAAGCCUCUGGCACCAGGCAGCAAUCAGAUUGCAAGGAUUGGAUCUGCUCGCACAGUGUCCAAGAUGGGCCAUACUCUUGUGGAGUCAGCAGCUACUAAGCCUUUCCUUCUCAGCAUGAACAUCCCACCUGGAAGGCUUGCUGGCACUGAGAGCCCAGAUUUGAAAGUGCUGCAGACCCAGCUCAUAGAGCACAAGGCUCUUUGCCAGGCUGCUGAAGUGGAAAGAGACAGGCUCCUGGAACUGGUCACUGUGCUGCAGAAAAGAGUGGAGGAAGGCAAUGAAAAACUCUUGGAAGCUGAGAAGAGGCUCCAGGUGGAGCGUCGGCACGGUGUGAUUUUGGAACAGCAGCUUGAAAAACUACAAAUGGAUCCAGAGAGUAACAGAGGAGAACACAAACUUCCCCUGAGGAGCAAACCAGGCCAGGCUGCAAAUCACUCAGGACUCACCUUGAAUGUGAGUGAUAGGCAGGAGCUCUCUGCAGCUCAGCUCUCCAAGUUGCCUCUGGAAUCACAGAUAGAGGAGCUGAGCACAAGGCUUGUGAUGCAGCUGAAUGAGAACGAAGUUCUGAAAUCCACCCUGGAAACUACUGUGAGAAAGAACAAGGAAGACUUUAAACAGUAUCAAGACACAAUGGACCAAGUGAAGGCUAUCUUUCUACAGGCCAUUCAGCAGAAACAAGAGAAGAGUUAA